CCUCAUCGUUGAACACGACGAGCUACUCGGUAAAUGUAGACGGUGAUCACUCACAAUAAAAUGAAUGUCAUGGCGAUUGGAAGCGGCCGUGCGAUUGCUUACAUAAUUCAGUCGAUAAAAUUUGUGGUCUUUUCUGGUUUCUUUACCUUCCCUUGUUCAUUCAUUCAACGCCCUGAGCUUUACGGCUCAAGCCCACUCAUUUAAAACCACACUCUCUCAAUUUCCGUGUCCAUACCCUUAUAUAUAAACUAUCCGUCUUAAAGACGAUACCCUCAGUCUGCAUCUCAGACAACCAUAACAACCCAAAAAAAUAAAAUGGCUGCUCUCAAAUUAUUCAAUCUUGUUGCAUUGGCUUCAAUCGUUCUUCUGGCAUUCGAGUCUGGUCCUACGUCUGUCAGCGCCUUGACUACAGAUCGUGCUCACGUCGCUCGCUAUGCUCGUGCUCACGAGGCAGUAGCAGUAAAUCGGAAGCGCGACCCUACAUCUAGCCCUGGUCAAUGCAAGCCUAGGCCAACAAAUUCUGCCACCUCUGCGUCAGCUUACGGUGACAGCACUCCCGCUCCCUCUUCGUACUCGUUCUCGUCAUCUAUGGAUUACACACCGGCACCCUCGAGCUCAAGUUCUGGUAGCUACGUCCCCGCGGCAUCCACCCCCACUAGUACCACUCCCACUAGUACUCCCACUCCCGCUGUUACCCCCGCGACCACUUCAUCAAGUGGCAAGAAGUGGGGUUUGGGCUGGCCUAAUGGUGACGCUGACUACCUAUCCACCUUCGCCGCUCGUCCCAAUGUUGGCUUCUUGUAUACUUGGAGUCCUUACUUGCCCACUAACAUCUACGGCCUCAAAGGGAUUCCCAUGUUAUGGGGUUACGAUCAGGUUUCUGACUUUCAAAGCUUGGUUGUCGCUGGUUACGCCAACUACGUUCUUGGGAUGAAUGAGCCCAACGAACCCAGUCAGUCCAACAUGAGCCCCUCGGAUGGUGCUGCGCUCUGGAAGCAAUAUAUCGACCCGCUGAAAGCCUCAGGCUACUACCUUGUGUCCCCUGCUUGCACCAAUGAUCAGGCUGGUCUUGACUGGAUGACUAGCUUCUUCCAAGCCUGCUCUGGUUGCCAAGUUGACGCUGUCGCCUUCCACUUCUACGGGACUAAUGCUCAAGAUUUCAUCAGCUAUGCCACCCAGCUGCACAACACCUACAACUUGCCCAUCUGGGUUACCGAGUUUGCUGACCAGAGCUUUAGUGGUGGUGCACAGGCUUCCCAGGAUGAAGUUUAUGCUUUUGCUAGCACUGUCGCUAACUUUGUCGACAGCACGUCCUGGUUUGAAGCUGCCUUCCCCUUCGGCCUUAUGAGCGACCUUCAAGGUGUCAACACCGCCAACUCUCUCCUCUCCAGCGAUGACACGCCCACAUCUCUAGCCUACAACUACUUUGGCUAAGGAAUUGUCAUGACUUAUGGAUAGCCCGCGGGGUUCAGGCUUGUUGUGGCUAUAUCUGCUUCGCUAUAUUCCCGAUGAUACCCUCAUUUUAUAUGCCAGUCGGAUUCACUUCAUUUCACUUAUCGUUCAUAUCAUCGUUACCCUUAUUUGGUCGCUAGCUUGAUGUAAUGUGCUGGUUUCGCAUGUCGCCUGGUUUGCGACGAAGCAUUUGUUGAACAAUGCGGACACUAAGUGUUUUUCUUGUAACGGGCUCAGGGAGCCUUUUAAAUUCUCACAUCAAUUUAGAAUGUUCCGUAAAAGGAAGUAGCGAUCUAUUUGAGUUUCACUUUCAUAGAAAAUAAUAAUAAUUUUGCUCGAUUUA